AUGAGUGGUCAUAUAAAUAAAACUGUUCUUAUUACUGGAGCUUCUGGUGUAUUAGGCCGAAAAGUAAGAAAUCGGUUUAUCGAUGCUGGAUGGAAUGUAACAGGAGUUGCAUUUAGUCGAGCAAAUAAAAAUAAUUUAAUUCGUUGUAAUCUAACUAAUUUUGAUGAAACAAAUUCUAUUAUUCGAAAUGUGAAGCCAGAUGUAAUUAUUCAUUGUGCUGCUGAACGUAAACCUGAUGCAUUUGAAAAAAAUCUAACAGAAUCAAUGUUUCUCAAUGUUGAAGUAACUCGUUUUCUAGCUGAACUAGCUGCUAAAGAAAAUAUAUUCUUUAUUCUUAUUUCAACUGAUUAUGUUUUUGAUGGAAAUAAUCCACCAUAUAAAGAAGAUGAUACUCCUAAUCCACUUCAAGCUUAUGGUAAAAGUAAAUAUGAAGCAGAAUUAAUAACACAAAAAAUAUCGAAAGAGCAUCUUAUACUUCGUGUACCAUUACUUUAUGGUGAAGUUGAAACAUUAGAUGAAAAUGCAGCUACUAUUCUAUUGAAAAACAUUAAAAAUACUACCACUCGAGUUAAAAUGGAUGAUGUUCAAACUCGUUAUCCAACUUAUAUGGGUGAUGUAGCUGAAGUUUGUUUACAAUUAUGUGAACAACGAAUUCUACAAAAUCGAAAAGAAGUUCAUGGUAUAUUUCAUUUUUCUGGUAAAGAAAAAUAUACAAAAUUUCAAAUGGCAUUAAUUAUUGCUUCUCUUUUUCAAUUACCUAUUGAUCAUAUUGAACGUGAUCAAAAUAUAGGAACAAAUAUAAAUGUUCAACGACCUAACAAUGCAGCAUUAGAUUGUAGUAAAUUAUCAAAUGAACUUGGUAUUCAUAUAAACCAAGUUAAAUUUGAAACAACAAUUAAAAAUUGUCUUGAACCAUUUAUUUAA